AGCAUUUUGAGUCUGUUGUUUGUGUUUUAAAGCCUGGACUGCAAAGUUGUCAUGGUUAUUGUAAGUUAGGCAGGGAUAUAGGCCGUAGCACUAGGUCUUCACUUAAAAAUGGAGCGGGGCUGGCAGUAGAUGGGAUAGAUUGUAAAGGUAAAGAUUUUAUAGAGGUUGUAGAGGGUAGUACAAUAAGUAGGGAUUCUAGUGCGACAAAGUAUUUAAAGCGUAAGAAAAGACUGCAGGAUACAUUUAAUUUUAACCGUCGCGAGAGACGUGCCCUGCUUUAUAGGAAAAUGUAUAGUGACGACUUGAAAUUCAGGGAGAGCUAUACAUCACGAAGUGUUGACAAAUACAGAUAUAGCUUUGAGCACAGACAAAGGGUGAAAGCACGCACAGUAGGAAAGUACAGGGACAAUUUGGGUCACAGGAUCAUGGUUAAAAAACGCAGUGUAGCGAGAUACAGGGCUGACAUUGAACACAGGCAAAGGGUCAAAUACGGGAGUAAAGUGGCGAGUAAAACAAAAUACAUUAAUUUAGAAUACAAGACCAAAGUUAAAGCACGCAGUGUUGCUAAAUACAGUGACAAUAUUGCCCAUAGAUACUGUGUUAAAGCACGCAGUGUAGCCAAAUACAGUACAAAUAUUGCGCAUAGAGAAAGGGUUAAGUUUGGGAGUAAAGUGGCGAGUAAAAUAAAGUACAUGGACAAUUUAGAACACAGGCAAAGGGUUAAACUAGGCAGCAAAAGGCAGUAUAGUGUUAGUUUAAAACAUAGACAGCAAGUGAUAGCUAGUGUACAGCUGAGUCGGAAGCAGAGGCUGGAGAAGUCUGUAGAUUUUGGUUUUGUCAUGGAUAGUUUUUUGGAUAAGGUUAGACACGGACCCGAUUUCGUGUGCAGUGUUUGUCAUAGGCUGCAGUUUAAAUAUCAGGUGCUGCCCUGUGAGAGGGAAGUAUAUGCAGCACGUUUAGCAACGGCAGGCAUUGCAAAUAAUUGCAUUAGUGAGCAUUAUCUGCAUAGUUGUGAUGAUAAGUGUGUUGAGCCCUGUCCCAUUGUUGUGUCCAGAGGUCAGUUGUGGAUUUGCUUUACUUGUCAUAGUAAGAUCAGUAAAGGUCAAUUCCCAGCUGAAUGUUGGAACAACAACUUAGCUGUACACCCCAUUCCUCCAGAACUGGGAUGUCUGAAUAGCUUAGAGCAGCACCUGAUAGCUUUACGUAUCCCUUUUAUGAAGGCGUUGGCGUUGCCUAAGGGUGGUCAGAAUGGUGUACACGGGCCCGUUACUUGUGUUCCGGCCAACAUUGUACAAACCACCAAUGUGUUGCCGCGGUCCAGUAUGGAGGGGUCUCUGCUUCAAGUUAAGUUAAAACGGAAAUUAACCUACAAAGGACACUACGAGUAUCAAUUUGUUGACUCGUGGCGUGUCAGGCGUGCUAUAGAGUACUUAAAGAGAACUAAUGUCUUGUAUAAAGACAUUGAGUUCAACGAGGAAUGGUCAAAUGAUUUUUGUAGGGAGGAAGAGGUUGUUGUAGAGGCUGGUCAGGUUAAGCAGGUUGUUGUUGACACACAGUCCAGUGAGGAUGAGGCUGUAGAGCAGGAAAUUGGGGCAGAAGAGGAAUCCGAAGACAUAGCACAAGAUGAAAUGUUACAUGACAGACAACAGCACUGCAUGUUUCAGGACACUUGUCUUAUGCCUGUUGAUAUCGGUCAGGAAGCAUUAGAUCAGUAUUUUGCGGAUGUUGUAUGUCUGGCCCCCGCGGAAGGUAAUAGUCCGGUUAGAAUGCUUUCUGACAAAUUAAAUGAGGCGAAGUGUUUCCCUGUGCUGUUUCCGACGAGCACUAAUACAUUCCACACCCGCCGCACGCAUCGCUUAACAUUGUCGCGCUACUUUAAUAAUCGCAUAAUGCACGCCGACGGCCGUUUUGCACGCAAUGUGGAAUACAUAUUCUUUAGCCAGUAUAUGUCCGAAUUAGACAAAGUGAUAAGUAGUAUUUCGGUCGCCAUGCGUAAAGGUAAGGGGGGUCAGCAUUCUCAGCGGAUUUCCCCGGGCAUGCUCAAAGACGACGAGUCUCUGAAGCGCUUGCUACAGUUCGAUGACGGUUUUCGUUUCCUUCGGCCCAUUCGCGGGACGCCAGCUUUUUGGUCUUCCGUUCAGAAAGACCUUUUGGCUUGUGUCCGCCAAUUGGGGAUUCCUACAUGGUUCUGCUCUUUUUCGUCUGCUGAUUUGCGCUGGCAAAAUCUCCUUGCCAGCAUCCUGAGACAGGAAGGCAGACAGCAGACAGUAGAACAGUUAGAGUGGGCCGAUAGGUGCGAGCUGUUGCGUCGCAACCCGGUCACAGCCGCGAGGAUGUUUGACUACAGGUGGCACUGUUUUUUGAAGGAAGUACUCAUGUCCCCGUCUCAACCAGUUGGCAAGAUUGUAGAUUUCUUUUAUCGCAUUGAGUUCCAGCAGCGUGGGUCCCCCCAUGUUCAUGCGCUGUUUUGGAUUGAGGGAGCUCCCCAAAUUUAUAAAAACACAGAUGUAGAAGUUGCAGAGUUUGUUGAUAAAUAUGUGACAUGUGAGCUACCCUCUGGCGAUGACACACUAUUGGAAGUUGUGUCAUCGGUUCAAACGCAUUCAAAACGGCAUUCAAAGUCAUGUCGUAAAAAUAAAACGGUAUGUCGUUUCAAUUUUCCAAAACCCAUCUCUGCACGCACGUUCAUCUGCAAAAUCAAAGAAUGUGUUUGUCCUAAAAAGGGAACGGGGACAGAGGGUGAUCGCACUUCAGAAAACAGGCCAAAGUGCACCUGUUUUGACGAUGAGGGAAGGAAGAUGCCAAAGGAGGUUGCGAAGAUGUUUAUGGAGAGAGUAAAGAAUGCCAUGGGGAGGGAGGAGCCUUUUGGUAGUGUAGAAGAGUUGUUUGCCAGUGUGGGCAUCAACCAGGAAGUCUUUGAGCUCGCUUAUAGGCGGCUGGAGACUAAGAAUAAGGUGGUUUAUAGGCGAGGGGUAAACGACACCUGGGUUAACCAGUAUAAUAGGAAUCUAUUGAAGUGUUGGAACGCUAACAUGGACAUUAGCUUUGUCACUGACGCCUACGCAGUCAUCAUAUACAUCAUAAAGUACAUCACAAAAUCAGAGACCGAAAUGGGUCUGUUAUUGAGCAAUGCCCUUAAGGAAGCAAAUAAACUAGGAAAUCUCUCUGCUAAAGACGCUCUAAAGAAACUGGGCAGUGUAUAUUUACACAACAGAGAUGUCUGCGCUCAGGAGGCAGUGUAUAGGCUAAUGAGCAUGCAUUUGAAAGAAUGUUCCAGGAAGGUCGUGUUUAUUCCAACAGGGAAUAACAUUGUGCGGAUGAGUUUACCCCUCAGUGUGUUGUUGCAAAGGGCUUCCUCAGAGGGCCUUAGGUCCGAAAACAUGUGGAUGACAAGCAUUGUCGAGAGGUAUAAGAACAGGCCCGAUAGUGUCGUGUUUGAGGAUAUGUGCAUAGCCACGUUUUGUUCGGAGUAUCGUAUUCUCACCCAGAAUGAAAACUCGGACAAUAAAAUCGAACUUCAAGGGGGUUUAGGGUUCGUCUUGCGGAGAACACGAACGCAGUUUGCCGUCGUUCGCUACAUGCGGUUCAAAUUGGACAAACAGGAGGAAGCCCACUUUCAGAGUUUGCUGCAGUUGUUCCUUCCUUAUAGAACUGAUUUAGAGCUCAAGCCGGAAGGCUUUGAGUUCUACAAACAGUUCCACGAGGAAGGUAAUGUGACGUCGGCUGGCGGGACCGAGCGGCCAGUGCGAGACGUCGUCGAUGAAAACAGGGCAAAGUUUGAAGUGGACUGUCCUCGAUUAGAGCGUGCGCAGGAGAUUGCGGACCUGUUGGGCGGUGUCGACGAGGAUGCGUGGGGGGACCUUUGUCCUGAACAGCAAGUCGAACACAUGGAAUGUUUAGAGGAGAGGCGGCAGCAGCAGCAGGGGGAAAUUGGGGACGAGCAGCUAGUUGAAUUGGAGGAAAAUGUCCCCGAUUUGUUUGUUGGUGGUAAACAAGUAGCUACAAUCGAGAGAAACACCAACAUUUUGCCUAGAAGGGAGGGUUUAGCUCUGGUCCAUUCUCUCAAUGAGACGCAGAGGAGCAUUUUUGAUAGGAUUAGGAAAUGGUGCCUAGAAAAGGUGAUGGGAAAAACCCCAGAACCUUUCCAUGUGUUCGUAACUGGUGGGGCAGGUACUGGAAAAAGCCAUUUGAUUAGAGCUAUCCAGUACGAGGCAGGGAGACUAUUGUCGCGUCUGUACCAACCGGAUGAAACCUGCGUACUCUUAACUGCUCCCACAGGCAUCGCUGCAUACAGUUUACAUGCAGCCACAAUUCACCACACCUUUAGUAUUGGCAUGCAGGUUAGUUUACCGUACAUCCCUCUGGGUGAAGAUAAGAUAAACUCCUUGAGGGCUCAAUUUGGUCACCUACAAAUUCUAAUCAUUGACGAAAUCAGUAUGGUAGAUCAUCAUCUUUUAGCUUAUGUGCAUGGCCGGUUAAGGCAAAUUAAACAGACGGGGGACUUUUCUCAAUUUGGCAACGUUAGUGUUGUAGCUGUUGGUGACUUUUAUCAGUUGCCGCCCGUUAAAGGGAGGCCGCUGUACACCUGUCAGGUGGGUGUGGACCUCUGGUGUCAUUUCACAAAGGUAGAACUAAAAACAGUUGUGAGGCAAAAAGAUAGUGUCUUUUCUGAGCUGCUAAAUAGACUUAGAGUUCGGUCAAAGGAAACCCCAUUAUUGCAAAGCGACGUCGAUAUCCUCAAGUCUCGGGAGACGGGGGAACAGAGCGCUGCUUUGCAUAUUUAUCCCACAAAUAUGCAAGCCAGCGAGCAUAAUCUGAAGCGGUUAUUCGCAACCUGUCCAGAUUAUGUUACAAUUGAGGCCCAAGAUUUUAUUAACAGCAGGAAAACGGGUGAAUUAGAGCGCGUGGUCGGGCAUCACGGUAAAACGUCGUACACGUGUUUGGCCAAGAGUUUGUGUUUGGCUCCGGAAGCACGUGUCAUGCUUUGUAAAAAUGUUGCUGUGGCAGACGGUCUGGUCAAUGGCGCAUGUGGAACAGUGACUUAUAUUCAAUUUGGAGCAGAUGAAGACUUCCCCCUCGUAGUCUAUGUCAAAUUUGAUGAUCCUAAGAUAGGCUCACAAAGGAGAAAGGAACGUUCCCAUGCUGCUGUAGAAUGCCCGCAUUCUACUGCCAUUGACCCCGUGGAGGAUUCGGCGACAAAACGCGGCGGUUUGCGUCGUCAGUUUCCUCUUAAACUCGCGUGGGCCUGCACUGUUCACAAAGUGCAAGGUCUAACUGUCGACGAGGCUGUCGUGUGUUUACACAAGAUUUUUGCAGCUGGGCAGGCGUAUGUCGCCCUCAGUCGUGUUAGGGAUAUAUCCGGCCUUGUGAUUACAGAUUUUGAGGAAAAGGCCAUUUACUGCAAGCACACCGUCAAGGGGGCAUUGGAUAGCAUGCCCCCAUUCCUACUUGAACAUCCACAGCCUUCAUUAGAAACUCCCUGUUUCUCUGUGUAUUUACUUAACGUCCAAAAUUUGCGUAGCCACGUCGCUCAUUUGGUGUCUUGUACGCAGCAUUUACAGCCUACCUGUAUUGCUGUCACAGAGACGUGGCUCAGUGCACAAUCCUCAACAGACUGUGUCCAAAUAGAGGGAUACACUUUCCACAGUCGUCCUCGAGCCUUGUGUUACAGCAGCAAUGAUGUCAAAUUAUCUGAGAUUAGAGAUCUCGAACAUGGCGGAGUGGGAUUAUAUGUUGUAGAUAAUUCGGACUGUGAGAUUCUGCAGGUGCCCGAUUUAAAUCUGGAGUGCUUGGUGUGCCUGUUUACCAAAGAGAACCUUUUGAUGGCAGUAAUUUAUCGUCCGCCAUGUUAUCCAAUUUCACUUUUUAAAUCCAAUCUGGUUAAGUUACUUGAUUGUGUAAAUCCCAUCAGUAACACAAUUGCUAUAAUGGGCGAUUUUAAUGAAGACCUCCUCAAACAUUCAUCAAUUUCUAAAUUAAUGGGCCAAAAUGGAUUUUGCCAGCAUGUAACACAAGAGACUACAGAGAGUGGGACAUUAAUUGACCAUGUUUAUGUCAAAACAACACAGUAUGCUGUGGAUUGUGCAGUGGUGUCCACUUAUUUCAGUGACCACGAAGCCAUCCUGUGUGGUUUUCGUGGUCAAGAUGAAGGUGAUACGUUUGAUUUGGAUGUCUUGUUUGCAGAUAGUUUUGCUGACGAAGAGGGUCCCUAAACAUCAUCACAACCGUCAACCCCCAAAAUGGAUUAACUUGCUGGAAUACAAAAGACCAUAUAACAUGCAUGUGAAAAAGUGCAAUAUAUUUAUCUGUACAGUACCGUAAUCUAUUUAUUUAUUAUACAUAUAUUUAUAUAUUUUUAUAUAUUUAUUUAUUUAUACAUGCACCUUAUUGCAUUUUUAUCCUGCACUGACAGGGAAAACUUCUAGUUUGUAGAUGAUAAUGUAUUACUAGAUUUGAUGUAGAAAUGUUUUAGUUCGGUGUUAGUAUAUCUUGUUGUCAUGUCUUGUGAGCAUGUUUUCUUUAGUUAUGUUGUGUUUCUUUAAAACGCCACUGGUUCCUGUUUUUUCACCCUCUUGUUUUGUUUCCCUGUCAACUCAUUAGUUGCACCUGUUUCACGUUUUGGACUCAAGCACCUGUCUCCAUGUCAUUAUUUACGCCUGGUUUUUCUGUUGGUCCUUCUGGUGUCGUCGUUGAUUUUUUUCAUGCUGUUUCAUGCAAUAACUCUGCUCUUCUGAUGCUGCAUGUCUUUUGUUGAUUCAUAGCCACAGUUAGCGACUUUUGUUUCAUGUCUAUAGUUGAGGCUAUGUGUUACUUUUUUUGUCUCCGCCUUGUGCGCGCCUUUUCUUUGCACCCUUACCUUCACGCCACGUACCGUCACUUCACUUUGCAUGCCGGAAUAACAUACCUCAACCCCAGUCCUCGCUAUGUCCCUGGUUUUUCUGUUGGUCCUUAUGGUGUCGUCGAAUUUUUUCCUGCUCUGUUCAUGCUGUUCCAUGCAAUACGUCUGCUCUUCUCAUGCUGCAUGCCUUACCAAGUAAGUUUUUUUUUUUUUUCAUAGCCACAGUUAGCGAGUUUUGUUUCAUGUCUAUAGUUGAGGCUAAGUGUUAGGUUUUUUUUUACCUUGCCUUGUGCGCACCUUUUCUUUGCACCCUUACCUUCACGCCACGUCCCGUCACCUUCCUUUGCAUGCUGGAAUAACAUACCUCAACCCCAGUCUUUGCUAUGUCCCUGGUUUUUCUCUUGGUCCUUAUGGUGUCGUCGCUUUUUUCCUGCUCUGUUCUUGCUGGGUUUGCAUGCCGCUUUGCAUGGCUUUGCAUGCCUGGGGGACAAUGGAUCAGCGUUCACGUCGCGUCCCCUGUCAGUACCCACGUUCACCGGGGGAAACCAAUGAUCCUACCUGUACAUGUUUAUUUUCUCUCAGGGACUGUUUGCUUGUCUUGUUUGUAUGGGGUUUAAAUGUACAGAUGCCGGGAUACAGACAAGGUAGGUAAUGUGCAGGUAAUGAUAUAUUGACUGGGUGACGGCAGGAAGCACCAGCGUGACCCGAGGUUGUAGAGCAAGUAGAGAUAGAAAUAUUUAUAUAUAAAUAUUACUACUAAUACUAUAGCUGCUGCUAAUACACAUAUUAAUAACAUAAUACUACAAUAGCUGCUAUUACUAUCACUACUAAUAAUAAUAAUACACAAAAGCUGCUGCUGCUGCUGCUGCUGCUACUACUACAAUUAGUAUCACUACCAAUGCUACAAAUGCUAAUUUUACUAUUACGACUACUUAAAUUGCGGAUGUUACUAAUAAUAAUUAUUUGACUACAAUAACUGCUGCUACUACUACUAUUACAUUUACGACUACUACUAAUAAUACAGUUGCGGUUGUUAAUAAUUAUACUACAAUUACUACUACUAAUGCUGCUGUUACUAAUACUACAAAUACAAUAACUGUUGAUACUAUUACAAUUACUGCUAAUAAUAACACUACAAUUUGUACGCCUACUAACCACAAUGCUGCACUUAUUACUACAAAUGCUGAUGUUACUAAUACUAAAAAUACUACAAUGGUAUGUCAGACUUAGCUUUGUCGUGGGUUAACUCUUAUCUUACUGACAGGAUGCAAUGCGUCUCCCAUAAUAAUGUGACCUCAGACUAUGUUAAGGUAACGUGCGGAGUUCCUCAGGGUUCGGUUCUUGGCCCUGCACGCCAGGCGACAUCAUACGCAAAUACAGUGUUAGUUUUCAUUGUUAUGCUGAUGACAGCCAACUCUACAUGCCCCUAAAGCUGACCUACACGCUGGAUUGUAGUCAGCUGGAGGCGUGUCUUAAUGAAAUUAA